AUGUCCCGUAUAUCACCAACAGCAGCAGUUUCAAAUGUAUGGUCUAGAGCUGCGGCUUCUACAGUAACGGAUCCUACGCUUCAAAAUGGUAGAAAUCCAACUGGACUACCUAUAGUAAAUAAUCCGAAUUUUCCAACGUCGACAACAGGAAAUUUUGGUAAUUCAGCACCCGCUGCACCAUUUUCAUCUAUGCAACUACCAUUAGGUCCUGCAAAUAGUCUUGGUUCAAAUUUGUAUGCUACAGCUCAUACAUCAUCUUCAUUUUAUCCAAAUUCAACAAAUUUAGUACAAAGUCCAGCAGAAAGUGCUCAAAAUGAUGCAAACAAUCGACGAUUGACGCAACUUGAAGAUGAAAGUGUACAGCGAAGUUACUCUGCAAAAAGUGUUCAACAAAUUGGUGCACAAUUAUUACAAAGUCAGAUGGAUGUACAGGAACAAGUAUUACAAUAUCAAUUUAUGUUAGAACAAUGUAUGGAAACUCUUGAUUAUCAAAAUUUCAUUUUAAAUGGACAAGCUGAAGAGUUAACAUUCCUUCGACGUAGAUUGCAUCAGUGUGAAAAUAUUAUGAAUACAAUUAAACAAAUGAAAAAAAAUAAUCCUCUUCAACAAAAAGGAUUCAAAGAUUCGAAUCAGUUCGAUAUUAACGUUUCCAAUAUUCGAAAUCCUUUGCCAUUGCGUGAAAAAUCUAAUUUACCUAUUUUCAAUGGAAGUGCAAAUUCAUCGCAAUUUCAACCUACCAAUCAACGAUAUCAAUCGAUCAAGGAUCGGUCUUCAAAUCAAAAUAGAUCUCAAAAUAUGACACCAUCGUUUCCGAAUAUAUUCAAUGGUAAUGCGCAAAUUACAAAUCCUCUUAGUAUUUUCAGUAAUUGA